AUGCCUGCUGUGAAGGGCGAUGGUAUGCGCGGCUUGGCCGUGUUUAUCAGCGACAUUCGCAACUGUAAAAGUAAAGAAGCCGAGUUGAAGAGAAUCAAUAAAGAAUUGGCAAAUAUUCGCUCCAAAUUCAAAGGUAUAAAUUGCUUCACCAAAAUUUGAGAGAAAUAUUUGUUUUAGGUGAUAAAACUCUCGAUGGGUACCAAAAGAAGAAGUACGUUUGCAAACUGCUUUUCAUUUUCCUUCUGGGAAACGACAUUGAUUUUGGUCAUAUGGAAGCAGUCAACCUACUGUCUUCCAACAAGUACACCGAAAAGCAAAUUGUGAGUUUACUAUUCAAAUAAGAGACAUAUUUUCGGAAUAAUAAUUUUCAAGCUUGUUUCAUUUCUUUUUUCCUCAAAUAAAGGUUUCAUUCCAGGGAUAUUUGUUCAUUUCGGUGCUGAUAGAGGCCAACUCGGACCUCAUGAAGCUGAUCGUGCAGGCGAUCCGCAACGACUUGACUUCUCGCAACCCGGUUCACGUCAACCUCGCUCUCCAGUGCAUCUCCAACAUUGGCAGCCGCGACAUGGCUGAGGCUUUCUGCACUGAUUUGCCAAAACUCCUAGUUUCCGGGUAUGUUUCCUUAUCGAUUCAUUUCAUAUCACCCUAGAAACCAUUACGAAAAAAUGAAUUUCAGAGACACUAUUGAUUUCGUAAAACAGUCAGCAGCUUUGUGCAUGCUCAAGUUGUUCCGGACAGCACCGGAUAUUUUCCAGCCAGGCGACUAUGCCAGCAGGAUUGUACACCUUCUUAAUGAUUCUCACAUGGUAAAAAAAUAAAUAAUUUAAGAUAUCUGACGAAAAAAAUAUUUAGGGUGUGGUGACCUCGGCGGCGUCUCUUAUUGAAGCUCUCUCGAAGAAAUGGCCCGAGGAGUACAAAGGAAGCGUCCCACUGGCCAUUUCCCGCCUCAGUAGAAUUAUCACGGCCACGUACACGGAUCUCCAGGAUUACACGUACUACUUUGUUCCGGCUCCAUGGCUUUGCACCAAGUUGCUCCGUCUUCUACAGAAUUAUCCUCCACCAGGUAAUACUUUGAACCGAGAUGAUUUUGCGAAUUUUCUGUUCAUGAGCUUGCAAAAUUUAUGUACUAUUUUUUGAAAAAGUUUUUGUUGUUUUGAAAUGCAAUCUGCGCAUGAAAAAACUUAGAUUCGCUAGAGUAAAUAGUUAAUUAAUGCUCAAAAAGUUUUUUUCAUUGGUGAAGCAACGUGUUUUUUUUUCUAAAAUUAUAUUGAGCGUUUUUUUGAAACAAAAAAACUAGUUUAAAAAAACUAUAAUUUUUUUUCCCAUUCACAUUUGAAGAACUUUCUUAAUCAAUCAAAAAAAUUAAAUCAGGCAAACUCCAACCGCAUUAUAACAUUAAUGGAGUGUAUAAAACCUUCAAUCGGAAUUUUUUUUGUUUGUUAAUCAAAGAAAAAAAAUAGAGCAGUUCAUAAAACACUGAAAGAACUGUCUCCAAAAUAAUUCUGUUUAGACGAUCCAUCAAACAAAGCCCGGCUUUUGGAGUGCCUCGAGGGCAUUCUGAACAAGGCUCAAGACGCUCCGAAGUCCAAGAAAGUGCAGCAUUCCAACGCCAAAAACGCUGUUCUAUUCGAAGCGAUCGCUUUGAUCAUCCACAUGGACAGCGAGCCAAACUUGCUUGUUCGAGCCUGCAAUCAACUGGGAACCUUCCUUUCUCACCGGGAAACUAACCUCAGGCAUAACUAGUGUUGCUUUUUUCUUCAAAUCAUCUUUGAUUUCAGAUAUCUUGCUCUGGAAUCGAUGUGUCUGCUCGCGACUUCUGAAUUCUCGCACGACGCCGUCAAGAAACAUCAAGAGACGAUCAUCAAUAGUUUGAAGACUGAGCGGUAGUUCAUCAACAGUUUCUCAGAAUUAUUCUGUAUUUCAGAGACGUUUCUGUCCGUCAGCGUGCUGUCGAUUUGCUGUACGCCAUGUGUGAUCGAUCAAACGCCAAUGAAAUCGUCGCUGAAAUGCUCGCCUACCUUGAGACGGCCGACUACUCGAUCCGCGAAGAAAUGGUAAAUAGAAACGUAUAGCCAUCAAAUGUUCAAGUUUUUCAGGUUUUGAAAGUGGCUAUCCUUGCUGAAAAAUACGCCACCGACUAUACUUGGUAUGUGGACGUUAUCCUGAAGCUCAUUCGUAUUGCUGGUGACUACGUGAGCGAAGAGGUCUGGUACAGGGUCAUCCAGGUUCGGAGCUGAUUUUCCGAUCAAAAUUAUGAUAUUUUGUUACAGAUUGUAGUAAACCGAGAGGACGUGCAAGGAUAUGCUGCAAAGACUGUGUUUGAAGCUCUUCAGGUUAUUUUCAAGAGUUCAUAUUAACCGAUGGAAAAGAAACCUACCUUUUCAGAGGCCAGCUUGUCAUGAAAACAUGGUAAAGGUCGGUGGCUAUAUCCUGGGAGAGUUCGGAAAUCUGAUUGCUGGAGAUCAACGUUCAAGGUUAAUCUGAUUAUAUGAGUACAGGUUAAUAAUAUUUCGUUUUCAGCCCGCAGAUCCAGUUCGAGCUUUUGCAUUCGAAAUUCCAUUUGUGCAGCAUCGGGACCCGUUGUUUGCUUUUGACGACUUACAUCAAGUUCUGCAAUCUUUUCCCUGAGAUAAAGAACAACAUUCAACAGGUAAGGAUGAUAUAUUAUUUGUAGGAUUAUCCUGGAAUUUUUUUCAUGGCCUUGGCUGUUAAAAAAAUAAAAAAAAAACACUGCUGUAUCUGAUUUUUUUCAGGUUUUUUUCUUACCGACCAUAACUUGCGCAACCCAGACGCCGAACUUCAACAGAGAGCCGUGGAAUAUCUGCAGAUGAGCAAAGUGGCUUCUCCAGAUGUUCUUGCAACGGUAACUAUUAUACUUGAUAUAAUAAAGAUCUUCUUCUUUCAUUCAUUCAUUCUACAAACCUGAAAAUUGCAAAAGCUUCUCAACUCAAAAUUUCAGAUUCUGGAAGAGAUGCCUCCGUUUGCGGAGAAGGAAAGCAGCCUCCUGGCAAAGCUAAAGAAGAGCAAACCGCAGACAGAAGAAACCGAAAACGUGGAGAAAGAAAAGAAAGCACGACCUCAGGCUGUUAUGAGCCAGGUUCUCUCCCCCAAUCAUUCAUUUAUUUUGUGAUUAUUUCAAAAUCAGGACGCUGGCAGCAGCUCUCUGGUUGAUUUGGAUUCUUCGGCCGAGGUCAGCUCCCUUGCCGACAUUUUUGGGCAGCCAGCCGGAGUUCCUUCCGCCAACACUUCUACUAUUUCUAACGGCGACGAAGUUAACAUCGCCAACUUAGCUGAUUAUCUGAAGUGAGCUUUUUCCAUUUUCUCAAUCUCAAACUCUUUACGUUAUAGAUUUGUCUGCAAGAACAACGGGGUUCUUUAUGAAGACGACAUUGUACAGAUCGGAUGCAAACUUGAAGCCCGAACUAACUUGGCUCGUCUUGGAAUGUUCUAUGGCAAUAAAACGCCUCAUAUCUUCACCGACUUCAAUCCUAUUGUCACUUGCCCAGGAUCCCUAGCAGUUCAGCUGCAGGCUCAAGUAGUUUUUAUACAGUAUUUCAGUCUAAAAAUAGAAAGUAUUCAGGCCAAGCCAGUGGAGCCUCAAGUCGGGGCCGGGACUCAAGUUCAGCAGUUGAUCAAUUUUGUCUGCGUUCAGGAGUUCCACAAAUUGCCCAUUGUCAACAUCAAGUUCCGCUAUACGUGAGAUACAAGAGGAUAUUAGAAAAUGUAUGUUUUGUUGUAGGGAUCGCACUGGCUCUUCCCAGAACUUCGACAAAAACUUCUACUUGCCUCUGUUCGUGAGCAAAUUCUUCGAGCCAACUGAAAUGGCAUCCGAGCAAUUUUUCACUAGGUCAGUGGAUUACAAAAAAGGAAGGUAGUUUCAUUUUUCCUGCAGAUGGAAGGCACUUGGUCAGCCGUCUCAAGAAUGUCAGAAAAUAUUCCCGGCCAAGUAUCCGAUGGAAAACGCCGUGGUUGCUCCCAAGGUAGGCAAAUACUCUCAAGAAUGAAAAAUAAUAUAUAAUUUUUUUAGCUCGCUGGAAUCGGCGCUAAGCUUCUAUCCGAUGUCGAUCCGAACCCAGAAAAUUACGUUUGCGCCGGAAUCAUCAAUACUCAGACGCAGCAGAUUGGAACUCUCAUCCGUCUCGAACCAAACAAGCAUGCUAAGGUAAUUUUUUUGAUUUUACCGGCUUGCGAGAAUUUCAGCCCUUGUUUCAAAAUAAUGAGCAGUAAAUAACGUAGCUUGCAAGCUGUGACAUACAUGGAAGUAUUUUUUGAAAAAGAGAACCAAAUAUUAAUCAAAUCUGGGAAUCAAGUUCUCGAAAUUUGAAAUUUUGAUGCUUUUUACGACGCUUUCACUCCAAAAUUUGGUUUGGUUCCAACGAAAAGUGUAUUUUCAGAUGUAUCGACUGACUGUCCGAAGCAGCAAAGACACGGUCGUGAAGCAUCUUGUCGAAAUUCUCGCUGACCAGUUCUAA